UGGCAGGACCAAAAUACCUUUGCAAACCUGGAUAUCUUCACAACGAACUCACUUGACUCAGCUCAACAAGCAGAUGUUUAAUGCCAAGAACAUGUUGGCUGUCUGCGAUCCCUGCUAUGGCUGCUACCUAAUGGCAGCUGCCAUUGUUAGUGACCGCAUGUCCAUGAGGGAGGUGGAUGAGCAAAUGUGUCACAUCCAAAACAAGUACAGCAGCUACUUUGCUCAUUGGAUCCCCCACAAUAUGAAAAGAGCUGCCUGUGACAUCCCACCCCUUGAGCUAAAAAUGUCUGUUACUUUCACCAGUAACAACACAGCCAUCCAGGAGCUGUUCAGGUGUAUCUUGGAGCCGUUCACGGCCAAGUUCAGGUGCAAGGCCUUCCUGCACUGGUACUCAGGCAAGGGCAUGCAUAACAUGGAGUUCACUGAGGCCGAGAGCAACAUGAAGGAUCUGGUGUCUGAGUAUUAA